GUUGUUCUCCGGCCUGCUACCGACCAGUGCUGCCAACUACCAGGAGGAAAGGAGAAAAUCGCCGUUGUCGUUAGCAGCAGCAGUCGCCGGUAAACAAUCGGGCCGGUAUCUUUGUUACCGCACUUGCAGGUGUAUUGCACUUCGCGAAUGAAUUUUGUCGGAAUUUGAUGUACAGUGCAUCGAUUGAUGGUAUUUGUGCAAAACAGCAGUUACUAUUUAUUGGGUUGGAUCUUGUGUGAAGCAUUUACGAAAGAAUGAACUGUGAAGGGGCAUUGUCAGUGUUUCCAUGAAUUGAACGUGGAGAUAUCAGCUUAUUUUCCAAAAAAUGGGGAAAAGGGUGAGAGCAAAAGUCUUUGCGUGAUGAAGUAACUUUCAAGGCACCUAGUGACAGUUCAACACAAACAUGACGUCAAAGCUAGUCCAAAUGCAGGGCUCUCAGACGAGACUACGAGUAUUACGUGGUUUUGCGGAUUCUUCUAACGCUACCAGUAGCCAUGGCGACGUACCUAUGGUCAUCCAUGACCCAAUAGAGAUUGAUUCCACUGAACAAGACCUGGCACAGAGAAUCGACCUCAAUAGUUUGGUUGGAACACUUGCGAAAUAAAAAGCUAGAAAAAAAGCUCGCUUCCAACAGAAACAGAUGCAGGAGAGGGAAGAAAAGCUGUUGAAGUUGUAUGAAAACCAGCAGCAGCGAGCAUUUGAGAAAGUUGGGAGGAAUAGCGCUGGAAGCACUGGAAACCUCAGCUCUGGACCUGGGAAGGUACGGCAAAUGUUCGACGAAAGAAGGAAAGCCGGUAUCGAUCGCAGCUAUCCUUUGGAGCCGUUAAAGGCAAAAUCGAACACAAGGGGCCCCAGUCAAGAGCGUAAGCCUGCCAAUAUGAAAACCACUUCAGUCAAGUCAACCAGCCAUUCCAGCGUUUCGAUGACCAAAAAUGUAAAAUCGACUGCGAGAAUAGAGGCAGUUCAUACUGUUUACAACAACAAUAAUGGUAUAGAGUCCUUCGAAGAACACAGAUACGAGGAGAAGAAGCCAUAUAUACUCAAUGGGAAUCAUGAGGAUUACAUUUUGGACAACGAGGAGAUGCCAAAGCUUGGAUUUGACGAGACUGACAGAGCAGUAGAAAACAGAAAUAGUGUUAGCAAGAAUCAAAGCCCGGUUGUGAAGAAAGACUCAAGAAGUUCUGUGAAAAUGAAUGGUACUACUCCUACCCGAAGUGAUAAUGUAAACCACGGUGUUAAGAAGACUGCCAAACCGACCGCACCUGUGCUAAGAUCAAGUCCACCACCUAAAACCACAACUCCUACGUCUCCUGCAAAGCAGUUAAACUCUAGUCCCAGCACAAUGGCCAACAGGAGUCCCUCAGCAGCCCAAUCCAGAGCCCCCUCCACAAACCGACCAUCUGCCCGCCAAACCGCCAAAAUAACUGCAGUGACUCGAGAUGACCUCACAGAGUGUUCUUACUGCGGCAGGAGAUUCGCAGCGGACAGGGUCCAAAAACACGAAGAGGUCUGCGCUAAGACUGGGAAGAAGAAACGGAAGGCGUACGAUGCCACGAAGCACCGAGUGCAGGGCACUGAAUUGGAGUCGUACGUGCUAAAAGGUGGAGGAAAGAAGUCGGCAGCUGGCGCUAAGGCAACACCAAAAGCAACAAGCAAAACCAGUCAGAAGAACUGGCGCAGGACCCACGAAGAAUUCAUCGCAGCAAUCAGAGCCGCAAAAGAUGCUCAGGCUCAUCUCGCUAAGGGUGGGAAACUAGCAGAUCUACCACCACCGCCACCGUCAAGUAACCCAGACUACGUCCAGUGCCCCCACUGUGGAAGGAGAUUCAACGAAGCAGCUGCUGAGAGACAUAUCCCCAAGUGUGCAUCCUACGAAUUCAACAAAUCUAAACCUGGGGCACCUAAGGGACGACCUGUUAAGAGAUAAUUGCGAUGUGAUCUUGCUUUACUUUUACAUGAUUUAUUUUUAUACUUAUUAAUAUUACGAGGAAUGCCAAUGUAGCUCAUACAUUAAUAUCUAAUUUUUUUAAUAAACGGUUGUAUAACUAAA